AUGUCUGAGACCGAGCCCACGCUCAGUAUCAACUUCAAGCUGCCACUGCACAGUGAAGACCAGUACUUGGAGGGUCAGCAUGUCGAUAGCCCAGCGAGUACGCUUUGGAACUAUUGCGUGUUGCUGAAGGUCUACCCUCGCGGCUUCGGCUUCACCUCACAAGAGCCAGGAGUGGCUGCUAAGCUGGUGUUCGUUCCGAUCUACACAGACUCAGAGGACACUCUGAACAACGCCUUGUGUGGCAAGGUUGAUGAGCUGGUAAUUGGUGACGUGCGGUACAGGAUCACCAUCCGCUAUCUGAAUGAAACUGAAGUCAGGAAGGGAUUUCACCUGCGCCUGAGAUGCAAGAAAUGCAGCGACUGCUUCACACUGAAGCAGGCUUUGUGCAAGGCGGAAGCCUUGCUGAGCCCGAAGGCAUACACUCCUGGGGAAUGUUUGCACUGCACAGUGGACCUAUGGUGCGACCCGCGGUCGCUGGGCUACGAGCCCAACAAGCGGCGGCGAUUGGACUUUGGCAAGGAUCUCUGGCAGGACAUGAAAUUCACAGACAUGACGAUGCGGGCCGGCGACGACGGCCGAGAGCUGCCUUGCCACCGCGCAGUGCUGGCGCGAAGCAGCGCGGUCUUCGACUGCAUGCUCAGUGCCAAGAUGGUGGAGGGUAUCGAGCAGCGCAUCGUCAUCCGCAACGCGAGGGACCACGGGGACUUCAAUGAGUUCUAA